UACUUUGUUACACCCCCGCUACGAUUGCAACGGAGUCAAAAUCACCCGCCUCUCCGUGCCACGAGCCUACGUCCUGACGAAUUACCACCGUGAGCACAGUGUUGCCAGCAAUGAACUGUACGGCGAUGGUCGGGGCCGCGCCCUGUACGGCCGGUACGGAGAAUCCCCGGACGAAGACGAAGACCCCCAGCAGCAGCCGGUAAGAUCGGCUUCAACCUCCGCUUCCGGUGGUCACUCCGGCGAGCACCUGGUCAUGGACUGCGAGUACGAGAUCGACCCAGACGAGAAGGGCUUCGUGCUGAAGUGGUUCUUCAACUCGAAGCCGAUCUACCAGUGGAUUCCCCGGAGCCCGUCCGGGAUGAACUUUAUGAAGAACCAGGUCAACCGGAGCUACACCGUGAGUGACAGGGAAAUGCACAAGCACAGGGCGCUGGCGCUGGUUCAGCCGCUGAGGAAUUUUACCGGCGAGUACGCGUGCGUUGUGUCCACGUUUGAGACUGAGGACAUCCGGUCGGCGACGAUGGUGGUCAUUGUCCCCGAGUCCAACUUCGUGCUCAAGUACUACAACCACCAGAUCGACAAUCUGGUCACCGUGGUAUGCAGCGUGUACGGCAUAUUUCCGGUGCCCUCGCUCACCCUGUGGAUCAACGAGCACCAGCUGGACGACGUCACCGGCAACAUCCUGUACACUUCGGCCGAACUGUACGACAGUUCCAUCAGCAUCCAGCUGGUGCUGUACGAAAGCAUCCAGCCUGACGAUGUCAUCCGGUGUAGUGUUGCCAUCAAUGGAACCGAAUAUGGGAAGACGAAGGAAACGGUGUUUGUUGAUAUCAACAGUCGACCACUUUUGGAUCACAACUCCGUGCUAGACCCGGUGCUACCCUCAACCACCGAAGCUGGCAGCACUUCCACUGCCAGCAGCUCCAGCUACCCCAGCAGAGAAUCCUCGACCUCCCCGGAACCCACAACUCCCUCGCCGGCGCUCAGGCCAGCAGCCUCCAGCACUUCUUCCCCGUCUCCUCCAACCGUUGAGCAGCACCCGCCAGCGAUGCCAUCGGGGAGGCCAACCGUGACGUUCCACCAGAAUCUGUUCAAGCGACUGCGGCCAACCUCGUCCCACGUGCUGACCGUCCAGCAGGCGAACCCUCCCGGCGGCGGCGAUUCCGACGAGAUCACCAACGUUCUGGACUUUAAGGAGAUCUUCUCGUUCAACGAGAACCAACUGUACAGCAGUACCAGCGGAGCCGGGGGCAGUGUUGCCAGAGCCCACCCCUGGCAGUGGCUGCGGAUGCUCACCGGUCUCGGCGUGGUGGCCGCGUCGUGCUGGCUCGGAACGCAACUUGGCAGAAGCAGAAAAAGUUCGCCGCUGUAAUAUAAAUCGUGAAUCGUUUUUCCCCUUUUCUGGGAGGGGAGAAGGCCCAGCAAAAACACACAUCUUGAAACGGGAGGUGAAGCAGCGCGAAUACAAAAAAAAAGCCAGUGAAAAAAGUGAACAAGUAAAAGGAGUUUGUCUGCUGAAGAGAAGCGCUACAAAAACGAGGUUUGAUUUCGUAGCCCGGUGGGAUUUUUGGUUAGAAAUACGCGCGUUUUCACGUCGAUCUGUUUUUUUUUUCAUGUUAGAAUAGUGGGGUUUUGUUUUAUGUUUGCAACUUUCGGUUGGUUUGGUUGGUUUUUAUGCUCGUUGGGGUUGUCUCUCUCUCGCCUAACUCGUCGACAUAGACGUAAUUUAAGUAGAUAACAAAGGAAACUCGAUUAAACUUUGUUUCCUUCGUGGGGCGGCUGAUGGCUUUCGGAAAUAGGAGGUGUUCGCAGUUCAUUUGAGUGGAGGAGUUUUAGUGCGCGAGGGAAAUGAGAUGGAAUGGGAUGAGGAAAUUCACGUGGGAAGUUUCAAGAAGAAGAAAGUUUUAACUGUACAAUGUAUCUAUGCUGCUUAGAUUUUGAAAAUCUCUUAUUUGCAAGUUUUUAAUUUUCUUGUGCUAAGGAAGUUAUUUGAAAAAAUAAAUCCUUUCAGAAUUUCAGACUUUCAGACGAUUUAAACUUUUUUUUCUUUAAAUCAUAACAUUGCAACUAUUUAAGCAAAAGACUUUCUAUAGACUGCAUUUAAUUGAAAAUUUUCCAAGGAAUUCG